CUCGCGAUAUUUCCAAAUCCCGUCUGCCAGGCACCGAGAGGAGUGCGGAUGAGAGGAGAGAGGCAGCAGAAGAAAGACCAACAAAUAGCGCAUUACCGGUAGAUCUGUAGUGCUAGAAUUCAAAAUCCCCAAGUCUGCUACAUGCUAGUCGUGAUUUCCUGAGUAAACGUGAAGUGAGGGUGGAGAGCACGCGGCCACAGAAGCUGAAUUGUAUGUGUGAAGCGCUAACACUUAGCUGACAGGCUACCUAGCAUAGCCAUUGGAGCAAUGGCGUUGAAAAGAAUUCAGAAGGAGCUGUCAGACCUGCAGAGGGACCCUCCUGCUCAGUGCUCUGCUGGACCAGUCGGAGAAGAUUUGUUUCACUGGCAGGCCACGAUAAUGGGUCCGAGUGACAGCCCUUAUCAGAGUGGAGUGUUUUUCCUCACCAUUCACUUCCCUACAGAUUACCCCUUCAAACCACCCAAAGUUGCGUUCACAACAAAAAUUUACCACCCUAAUAUCAACAGCAAUGGGAGUAUUUGUCUGGACAUCCUGAGAUCGCAAUGGUCCCCCGCACUUACAGUAUCUAAAGUAUUAUUGUCUAUUUGCUCUCUCCUUUGUGAUCCAAACCCGGACGACCCACUGGUACCAGAGAUCGCGCAUACGUACAAGGCUGAUCGGGAAAAGUACAACAAAUUGGCGAGGGAAUGGACACAGAAGUAUGCAAUGUGAGGAAAUCAGGAAGCUUGAAAAUACACACAAGAACAAAAGAAACAAAUGAUUUGUAACUUGAGGCAAAUGAGCAACCGCGGAUAAAACAAUAACGAAUCAACAGCCCAUGUUUGGAGGAGGAAGCGAUACGAUGAGGUACAGUGCCAUUUGGCUUUCCGUGUGCUGAACUGCUACCGUGUGCUUUCCUUCAUGACCUGUAUGGAUCUGUUGAGCAGGACCUGAUGGACUCCUUAAAGCACUCCCAUAAGGAAUACCGGAACCUUUUCACAGUCCCACUACUCAGACUUCAAACUGUUACUCCUGCUCUUGAGAUCAUCACCUUCGUUGUUGCAACUAAUGCAUACUUUUUCUUUGUCAAUGAGUCAUAUCAUGCUACUCAGAAGCAUCAUGUUGGAUUCAUUUAGGAGAUAUAUUCUCCUUUCAUUUCAGAGGUACUGUCUGUGUCCCACUGGAAGUCUUGUUAUUACUGUAUUUCCAUGAAUUUAGUGGCCUUUCUGUGUUUUUUUUUUUUUUUCUUCUUCUUCUUCUUCAAACGGUAUAUGUGCAAUUGAGACAGAAUGUUCUUUGUAGAACAGAAAAAGGUGCAGUGCCACAACCAGCAGCUCAUCAUCUGUUGGCACAUAACUGUCUCUACCCCGAAACAAUGUGAAAACCGGGAAAGCAGGAUCGGUCUCCCAUCAUCCACUGCGUUUCAAAUUGUAUCAGUAUUAAAUGGGUUUGACGACACUGGAACGCUGCUGUUUACAACCAGCGCGCCCACGCUCGCCGUGGAGCUCCAGAGGGGGAAUGUUCACAGCCAUUUUUCUCACACAUGCUGUCAUUGCCCCCCCCCCCCCCCCCCCCUCCCCACUUCCUGUUACUAUCCAUCAAUGUAUGAUGCCCAGAAUGCACAAAUGACUGCUGUUGACUUGUUGCUUGUGUUAUGUGGAUAUCAACAUAGCUCCUCUCUGGCGUGCAGCUCAGCUGUGUGCCGCCUCCUCAGUACAGUUACUCAGGUAUCCGAACACAUCAUCAGCCUUCACAUGCAGUGACCCAUGGUGAGAAAAAUUACUACAGCCCCAGAAAUCCCACUUCUUAAAACAGUACAAGGCUUCAUUCCUUGGUUUGUUUACUUAAAAACAAUAUUUUAUGCUCGAUUAGAGGCUCCAAAGGCAGAGAUGGGCCCUGAUCAGCCCUCCACAGUUUUCCCACACUUUUUUAUUUGAACACUAGUAUGUGAACAGCUUUUAACCAGGAGAACAAACUGUUAAAAACGUUUGCGCUUCUGCUCAAUUAGGAAAGCAGUGGCCUUUGGUCACCGCAGGCAUCCCUCGUGCUGAAAAUGGGAACUUGAAGAGACUUGGCAUUUUUUCAGAUCCCAGUCCUUUGAGGUCAUGUGCAUCUAGUUACUCGAGGUGAAUAAGUACAGUAACUUGCCAUGACAGUUUAUUUUAAUGUUAUAAUAUUGACGCCUCACAUUUAUUUAUCUCCAUGAUCAGGUCUGCAAGUUUUUGUGUUUUGUUUUUGGAUGAAUCAUCGACACUGACAGUAAAGGAUUUUGUCUGAGUGAUACAUUUGUGACUUUUUGUAUUGUAUCUUCAAAAGCUUUAGUUUUAGGCAUUUUGUUUUCAUUCGUUUCACAAGAACUGAACAUGAUUGUGAUGUGUCAUGAUGUAAUAGUUUUAAUAUAAUCCAUUGUAACUGUUGGAUAACGUAGGUAGGAAAAGUUGAUUUUUCAAAAAAAAGUUGUGGCUCAAUGUGCUGAUGCUGCCAAUAUAAAGGGAAAUAUUGAAUAUUAAAAUGGGGACGAAAUUUCACUAUCGAGGCAUUUUUGAAUGGACUCAUCCAGGAAAACAUGUAGCUAAGCAUGAUGAAUUUAUAAGCUUUGAUUGUAGAAUUAACACCACAGUUUAGGCAAAUAAUAUAGACUUUCAUCAUUGUUAGCUGCUGUAGAGAAAAUUGUCAAAACAAGAUGUCCUGAUAUGAUAUACACUAAAAUCUUUUUUUCAGGGGUGAAAAAAUGACCUCUGAAGGCAAUUUAAGUUUUUUUUUUUCUGCAAAACCUUAAGUGUAAUACAACUAGUUGAAUCCUUGUGUGCAUUGUUGUUGUUUUUUUCUCCCCUGGCUAUUUAUUUAUUUGAAAGCUAACUCUCUUCCAGCUGUAGGACUGAAUGCAGCCUCGACUCACCACGCGAGCGGCACUACAUCAUUUACUUCCCUCGUCCAGUGUGCGCUGUAGAAGUUUAUAUAGGCAGCUUGGCAUGCUUUGCACUCUGGAGAACCGUCUCACAGCCAUUUGCCAGAUAUCAGGGAUUUCGUUACAAAUCAUCUGCCUAACACCUCUGACUAAAAUUUUAGCCUUAACCCUCAUUUUGUAUGUAUCUGUAUAUAUCAAUAGAGAGGCAGACGGAACGUGUCGUGAACUGUAAAUUUGCUAUCAGGGCUGUUCCCCCCCCCCCCCCCGGAGUGGGUGAUUCGUCAGAAGAUGAGGAAACCUGCUUAAAUGUUAUCAAUAUUUUUGUUU